UUAAACGUCGUUUAAAUGGUUUGCGAUAAGUGUGAGUCAAAAUUGUCAAAGGUCUCGGCGCCAAAUCCCUGGCGAACUAGCAAUGCAGCUGCCGGUGGACGCAAAAUCAAUGAAAACAAAGCACUAUCCUCUUCCAAGGAGCGCUUUAAUCCUCUUGGCAAUACUUUAGCUCCUUGUCGCAUAUGUAGACAGAAGGUGCAUCAAAUAGGCGCACACUAUUGUCAGGCCUGUUCCUAUAAAAAGGCAAUUUGUGCAAUGUGCGGCAAGAAAAUUCUAAAUACGAAGAACUACAAGCAGAGUGCGACGUGAAGACAAUUUCUUUUUUACAGAUACAUUUUGUGUAAAUAAUAUGCAUU